GUGAGCCCUCGGGGAGUGGUCCGACCGCGGGCGGCUGCCGGUGAGGAGAGGGGCGGGGGGCGGGGGGGAGACAUGGCUCGACGCGGCUGGCGGCAAGCGCCCCUCCGCGUCGGCGUCGGGCCCCGGGCCCGCCCGCUCAUGAGGCCCCUCUGGUUGCUCCUCGCAGUGGGCGUCUUCGGUUGGGCCGGGGCUUCGGACGGCGCCAGCCGAGCGACAGGAGCCAUGGACGAGGAGAUAGUGUCCGAGAAGCAAGCCGAAGAGAGCCACCGGCAGGACAGCGCCAACCUGCUCAUCUUCAUCCUGCUGCUCACCCUCACUAUUCUCACGAUAUGGCUGUUCAAGCACCGCCGGGCCCGCUUCCUGCACGAAACCGGCCUGGCUAUGAUUUACGGUCUUUUGGUGGGCCUUGUGCUUCGGUAUGGCAUUCAUGUUCCAAGUGAUGUAAAUAAUGUGACCCUGAGCUGUGAAGUGCAGUCAAGUCCAACUACCUUGUUGGUAAAUGUGAGUGGAAAAUUUUAUGAGUAUACGCUGAAAGGAGAGAUUAGCUCACAUGAACUCAAUAAUGUUCAAGAUAAUGAAAUGCUUAGAAAGGUUACUUUUGAUCCAGAAGUAUUUUUCAACAUAUUACUUCCUCCUAUCAUCUUUUAUGCAGGUUAUAGUCUGAAAAGGAGACAUUUCUUUCGGAACCUCGGGUCUAUUCUGGCAUAUGCUUUUCUUGGAACAGCAAUUUCUUGUUUUGUUAUUGGAUCAAUAAUGUAUGGCUGUGUAACGCUGAUGAAGGUAACUGGACAACUUGCUGGAGAUUUUUACUUUACAGAUUGCCUUCUAUUUGGUGCCAUUGUAUCAGCAACAGACCCAGUGACUGUUCUUGCCAUAUUCCAUGAGCUUCAAGUCGACGUUGAACUCUACGCACUUCUUUUUGGUGAAAGUGUCCUCAAUGAUGCUGUUGCCAUAGUGCUUUCCUCUUCAAUAGUGGCAUACCAGCCAGCUGGAGACAAUAGUCACACCUUUGAUGUCACAGCAAUGUUCAAGUCUAUUGGAAUCUUCCUGGGGAUCUUCAGUGGAUCUUUUGCAAUGGGUGCUGCUACUGGAGUGGUGACAGCUUUAGUGACAAAGUUCACCAAAUUGCGGGAGUUUCAGUUGCUGGAGACAGGCUUGUUCUUCUUGAUGUCCUGGAGUACCUUUCUAUUGGCUGAAGCAUGGGGCUUCACAGGUGUCGUUGCAGUAUUGUUUUGUGGCAUCACACAAGCACAUUACACAUACAAUAAUUUGUCCACGGAGUCUCAACAUAGAACAAAACAGUUGUUUGAGCUUCUCAAUUUCUUGGCAGAGAAUUUCAUCUUCUCCUACAUGGGACUGACACUUUUUACCUUCCAGAACCAUGUCUUUAACCCAACAUUCGUAGUAGGAGCUUUUAUUGCUAUUUUCUUGGGAAGAGCUGCCAAUAUUUACCCCUUGUCUUUCUUACUUAAUUUGGGUAGAAGAAGUAAGAUUGGAUCAAAUUUUCAACAUAUGAUGAUGUUUGCUGGCCUUCGUGGUGCAAUGGCAUUUGCUUUGGCCAUUCGAGACACUGCCACUUAUGCUCGGCAAAUGAUGUUCAGCACCACACUUCUUAUUGUGUUUUUUACCGUGUGGGUAUUUGGUGGUGGUACCACUGCCAUGCUGUCGUGCUUGCAUAUAAGGGUUGGUGUUGAUUCAGACCAAGAACAUUUGGGUGUUCCAGAAAAUGAACGGAGAACUACCAAAGCAGAGAGUGCUUGGCUCUUCCGGAUAUGGUACAACUUCGAUCAUAACUACCUGAAGCCUCUGCUGACUCAUAGUGGGCCUCCUCUCACCACCACACUCCCCAACUGCUGCGGGCCCAUCGCCAGGUGCCUAACCAGUCCCCAGGCUUAUGAAAACCAAGAACAAUUGAAGGAUGAUGACUCUGAUCUUAUUCUCAAUGAUGGUGAUAUCAGCUUGACAUACGGGGAUUCCACUGUGACCACUGAAUCGACAACAUCUAGUGCCCCUAGGAGAUUCUUGGGCAACAGUUCUGAAGAUGCCCUGGAUCGUGAGCUUGCAUUUGGGGACCACGAGCUGGUCAUUCGCGGGACACGCCUGGUUCUGCCUAUGGAUGAUUCUGAACCCGCAUUAAAUUCAUUAGAGGAUACGAGACACAGCCCAGCCUAAGCUUAUUAAUAUUCACUUAGUGAUUUGUAAAAUUUGCACAUGUGAUUGUGAAGAAAUUUGUACUACCUAAAAAGUCCUAGUGCAUGUCUCUGAAUGUGUAAGCUAUAUAAAUGCUAUUUAUAUGGCAUAGAAAGAAUAUAACUAUCCAGUACAAGGCAGAUUGUGAACAAACUAUUCUUUUAAGUUUUGCUGGCUGCACUAUGUAGGCUGGAUCUGUUUUAGAAAGUUACUUUCACAGUGAUGUUGUGUGUUCUGUUAGCUUUAUGUCUCAGUUAAAGUAUAAAAAGUGAUGGAUUUACUCUAUUUACCUGACACUUAGCAGGAGUACCGAGUUCUUGUGAUGUGAAUUAAUUUGUGUGUGUGUGGUUGGGUGGGGGGACAAGAAGGAGGGAAGUGUUAUUUCCUAGUGAACCCAGGGAGGAGAGGUUCCUUUGUUGGGACACUUUUGUUGAUUGCUGCUGCCUUUGUCAUGACCUUUUUCUUUCCCUUUUCUCUUGUGGCCUAUUGUGGUGUAAGGAGCUGAUGACAUUUUGAUCUUGCCCCACUCAGGUUGUAGAGUGAAGUUGGAGUGAAGUAUGGGGCUGUCCCCCCCCCUUUGCUGUGAAAGAACAGAUUCAUUAACUACAAUACACUGGUGUUUCAAAAGAAGGCUGCAAAUGACCUCCAAGACCUUUUUCUUUUCCUCUAGGCCAAGACCAUGGAGUUGCAUCCAGCUGGCUUAGCCAAAGUACAGGUGUAUAUAGUUCAGGGCACUUGAUUUAGAUUUGGAGGGGCUGGGGCAGGUGGAGAGGGGACAGAGGGCAAGAAGGGAGUAAAUGGUGUUAGAGGUCUCUCUUCCCAAAUAUGUAAAUAUUCUAUACCAGAUAAGUUUAAAUAAGAAAUUUAAUUGCUGCUUAAUUUUUGAUUAUGUACUUUAUCUGUAUAGCAAGCUUUGUUGUCACAAGUUUUUAUAUCAAUUUAAAUCGCUGCUCUUUAGCAGCCGAACAGGAGCAAAAUGUAAAAUUUUUAAACUUACUGUAUCUAAUUGUCAUUUGUUAGUCUGUAGUUGAUGUUAAAAGUUAAUUUAUGAAUUCAUGAACAUCCCAUACUACACCAAAGGCAGUCAUAAGAGAAUUGCAAUGCUCUGGAGCAUUUAUUGUAAGGAGGCUCCUUUGUGUGCAGUGGGUAUAGUUGUCUUCAUUGUCAUAUUACUUUUUAAUAUUAAACACCUAAGCUGCCAUGUAUUUUUUUUCCACAGUUUUCAAGGAAGAGCACAGAACAAUUUCCCAUUUCAUAUUCAUAGUAUGAAAGUGAAUUCUAUUUUGUAAUGCUGAAAAUUACUUAUAGGUACAAUGAAUACUUGAAAGGGGAAUACUUUUUGAUGUUGAUUAUGACCUAUUAAUAAUUCUGAAGAAAAAUAUAAACUUUUGUGGAUUUUUUCCUCAGGUCUGAGUAGCAUUGCCUUAAAUCUUACCCAAUUAGAAAAUUGAUGUAUGUACAUGAUGUUCAAAUUUUCCACUGAAAACUAUUCAUCCAAACAAAACAUGUACUUAUUCUCCAAAAGAGUUCUGUGCUAUUGCAAACACUCCUUGAGAUUUUAAGGGAAUUCUAAUAUUGUACCCUCUAGUGGCAGCCUUGACUGUUGGCAUAGCCAUUUGUUAUGUAGUGGUAGCAACUUUCCUGCUAUGCAGGAACCCCUCCUGUGAAGUGUAUGUUUUAUAUGAUGUGUGCCUCUUCGUCUAGUAAAUAAUUUCUUGUUGAUGUAUGUUUGAGGGGCUUUGUAUGUCAGCAUCAUCUUCCCACAGAGUUAUUCAAGUUAUAAAAGGUUAUACAAUAAUUUAACAACUACCUUUUUUAUUGUCAGGUUACUGAGCUCACUUUAUGAACAUGGCUGUAAAUACUUAGCAUGAUAAAUUCCGUAACUUGUCUGUUUCAGCAUGCAUAAGACUUCUCAUUAGGGGAACUGAUAAAGCUUGAGUCCACUAAAUCUGCCUUCAGUACUUUAUCAAAGGGGAACCAAGCCUGCUGUGCUUACAUCAUCAGCCUCUGGAAGAUUUUUCUUCUCAAAUCUAUGUACACAUCUCCACACAAAGAAGAGCAAACAUUUCUGCUCAGACACCCAUUGAAUUGAAACGCCUGGAUGAACUUUGAUGAAGUACAGUCUGAGUUACCAUCAUGCACAAGUAGAACUGUUCUUGGACCUGUUUUUCUGUUGUUUGUGGAACCUACAUGUUUGAUUGACUUGAACGUUGCAUCUUUUAAAGUUAUUUUUAAAGGUCUCUUGGCAUUUAUCCUAGUUGUCUGUGUUUGGCAAUGUGCUGUUAAAAUAAUAGACUUUUAAUCUUCAUGUAUUUUUUUUUUGUUUUCCCUUGGAGUACUUGGACAAAUGUUAUAGUGGUUUCUUUUAGGAAAAUCUGUCAUUAAAGAAAUUAUAGCCUUGCAAAUAACCACUCACCAUA